GAAAAAUACAGUUUAAUCGUAAAGGAUUAGUUGUCUUGGUGUACCCAAAAGUUACGAAGCCAAUCGUAACAUAAAACAUUAGUAGAAAAUAAGUUUCAUUAAAAAAAUAAUCAUUUUUAUUAAAGAAUCGAUUAAGGGGUAAAUUGCGCCGCCAUAUUAGCAAGAAUCAUCAUGACUCACGUUGAAAAAAGGUUAAUUCACUGAUUUUAUUUCGAUCGUCAAAAGCAACCCAGCAUGCUAAUAAAAAACCAAGAAGGCAUGAUGUUAGCUCAAACAUUAUUAAAUUAUUAUUACCACGCAUGAAACAAUCCCUCUUCGCCACAUUUCAAAUUAACAAAUGAUAACAAAUAAAAUUUCAAUUUAAAAUCAACUGAGCGCAUUACACGGUUAGACCCUUAUCUGAAGCAACGCCAGAAAACAUCUGUCACUUCGAGCGCAUUAACAAAAGAGAAAACAAAAAAUCGCAGUUCUCAGUAGAAAGUGUUGUGCUAUAGGCAAAAUGGGACGAAUUUAUCGACGCAAAACUGACCGUAGAGCUUGGACUGUCGAAAAAAUGAACCAAGCAGUUCAUGCAGUGCGAGGAGGAAUGGGAAAAAGGACCGCGGCACGCAUUUACGAAGUGCCAAGAAAGACUUUAGAACGGUACCUCGAUAAGACGGCAGACGGAGAAUCAAUCCAGGUAAGACAACUGGGAAGUAUCAAACCAGUGUUUACGCUUGCACACGAGGAACAGUUAGCCAGUGAACUAAUACGUUUCAGUCAGAUGGGAUAUGGCCUGACUUCUAAAGAUGUCCGCAGUUUGGCGUAUAAAAAGGCAAACGAGAACGGUAUUCCCCAUCCGUUUAAUCUUUCCACUAAACUUGCUGGAAAGGAUUGGUUCAAGCUGUUUGUGCAUCGAAACCCUUCUUUGACAUUGCGGCAGCCAGAAGACACAUCGAUGGCACGUAUGAAAGGAUUCAACCGUGAGAGCGUCAAGAUUAUUUUUAAGCUGCUCGAAGAAGCUUGCAACCCAUAAUUACCCACCCAGCAGAGUAGCGAACAUGGAUGAAACAGCAGUUAGCACCGUACCUACAAAAACAAAUAAAGUUAUUGCGAAGAAGGGAGAAAGGCGCGUUGCUGGAGUUACUUCGGCUGAGCGGGGAAUCACCACAACAGUCAUAUUUUCAAUGUCAGCGAGCGGCAAUUAUCUGCCACCGACAUUUAUAUUUCCCCGUAUAAGGAUGCAAGAGUCGUGGAAAUGCGGUGCUCCGCAAGAUGCAAAGUUCUUGUGCUCUGCAAGCGGUUGGAGCAACAUGGAAACAUGUAAUACGUGGAUGGAUCAUUUCAUAGAACAUUUCAAACCUACCGAAAAAGAUCCGAUGCUACUAAUAUUGGAUGGGCAUACAAGCCACUCCAGAAAUUUCAGUAUGCUAGAGAAAGCGAACGUCAAUCACGUGCAAAUUAUAUCGAUGCCACCCCACACUUCCCACAAGUUACAACCGCUUGACGUAGCUUUCAUGAGUCCGUUCAAAGCAAAGUAUUCUAAUGCAGUGAAUGCUUUUAUGAAGAAUAAUCCCGGACAGGUAGUAACAUUAAACAAUAUAUGCGCGUUGGUCAAAGAGGCAUUUGUUCGUACGGCUACAAUGGAAACUGCUGAAAAUGGAUUUAAAGCCACCGGAAUUAUUCCAUUCAAUCCCAACAUUUUUACCAGCAAAGACUUUGCUCCAUCUGACGCGCUCGAAGCGCUUGCUCACGACGUCAACGAGAAGAAUACACCGAUCAUUUCUACUAGGGCCGAAACAAUUUCUUCGAAUCAAAGUUCAAACGAAGCUUCACUACUACCGGAAGAUGCAUCUACGGCAGUUGAGACAGUUGACGGAAACCAAAUUUGUGUGGUGGAAGGUACAUAUUCGGAGUCGUACACAGUCCCUGCAGAAGAGGUCCAAUUGUGCAAUACUCAAGUAGUGGAUGCCAGCGUCAACAUAAGUGGAUUGCAAGGGAUCGACCUCAUCGAGACCAGUGAGGAUGCGGAUACGGAACAUUGUAUUGUAGACCCAAACUUGUAUUACAUUGUAGGAGAAAAUGGACUAAUAUCAACGCAAUCGUACUCAGAAAUGAACGCUGAGCAUACACCACUCACCGAAGUAAUGACGCUGAACUGUACUCCAUCGUUGACCAGUAACGUUUCCAACUUGCAGAUAUCGUUUUCCGAACUCACAUCGUUAAGUAACACGCAAUUGAUACCCAGCAGCGUUUCAAACUGGGAGACAUUUCAAACCGACCGACUCACCGAAGUUAUGACGUUGGCCAACGCUCCACUGACGUCCAGCAGCAUUUCGAAUAGGCUCAUUGAGAUGAAGUCAACAACCAAACAAAAGCGAUGGGAUCAAGAGUGCAAUAUCAGAGCUGUUACAAUGACCAACGGUUUUCGAUCUUCGACACAAGGAGUCCAAGAAAAGUCUGAGAACAAGAGGCCGCUUAAGCAAUCCAGAAAGAAGGGAGAAUCGGUUGAUCUGACAUCCGCUGCGUAUAGGAAAAGUUUGUUAAAAUCAACUGCUCAAAGGGAUCUGAAGCUACUCAAAAAAACUUCAGCUGGUCGUAAAAGUGUACGGAAAAAUAACCCCAAGGACAUCCCAUUCGAAGACGUCCUUUGUUACUAUUGUGGAGUUGUUUUUAGUGCAUCCGAAGAAGGAAACGGUUGGCUCAAAUGUAUUUUAUGUCAAGCAUGGUUCCAUGUAGAAUGUAGCACGACUAACAAGCUUUAUUUGGAAUGCGGUAACUGCAACUAAAAUUCCUAAUUGCAUUUAAUGUAAACUCCAUGUUCUUAAAAAAAAAACAUAAUCAGGCUAUAUUA